AUGCAGCUUUAUUUAAUGAACUGUGAACUUUUGGCAACAUGCAGUGCACUUGGUUGUUUGGAGGGAGACACCUACCACAAGGAGCCUGACUGCUUGGAAAGUGUGAAGGACCUGAUCCGGUAUUUACGCCAUGAAGACGACACUCGCGAUAUCCGCCAGCAACUUGGUGAAAGUCAGAUUGUUCAGAAUGACCUUCUUCCAAUUAUUGUUCAUUACAGACAAGACAAAACUUUAUUUGAUGCCUGCAUCAGGCUCGUGGUCAACCUUACUCAGCCUGCCAUGCUGUGUUUUGGUAAAAUCCCAGAUGACCCGGUGUUUAGGCAUCACUUCAUGCAAGUGAUGUCCCAUUUACAAGCCUAUAAAGAGGCAUUUGCCAGUGAGAGGGUGUUUGGUGUUCUGAGUGAGACCUUGUACAACCUCCUCCAACUUGACUGGGAACAACGACAGGAAGAGGAUAAUCUUCUUAUAGAGAGGAUUUUGCUUCUGGUCAGAAAUGUGCUUCAUGUACCUGCAGACCCCCUUGAAGAAAAGAAGGUGGAUGAUGAUGCCAGCGUCCAUGACAGGGUGCUGUGGGCCGUUCACAUGAGCGGUUUCGAUGACCUGAUCAAGUUUGUUGCAUGUGCCCAGAGCGAACAACAGUGGAACAUGCACGUGUUGGAAAUAAUCUCCCUCAUGUUCAGAGACCAGACACCAGAGGCUUUGGUGAGCGCUGGUCACGCUCGAUCAGCAGAAGAAAAGCAGAGAGACUCUCAGGAGCUGGAGGCGCUGAGGCAGAAGGAGCACGCAGAGAAACGCUCUCGUAAUUUACAAAGAGGAACCAGACACUCUCGUUUUGGUGGGUCUUUUGUCGUUCAAGGCCUCAAAGCAAUUGGGGACAAAGACGUCAUCUAUCACCAAAAUCUGAACAAUUUCAAACAUUACACCCAUGACCUCGGUAAAGCAGUGAGGCGCGUUCCCAAGAGGAAUCGACGGGCCCAGGAAUGUAAGGACAAACGGCGCUCGGCCUUAAACGUCCGACUCUUCCUGCGAGAGUUUUGCGUCGACUUCUUGGAGAACUGCUACAACCGACUCAUGUACCUCGUCAAGGAAAGUUUGAUUCGAGAGCAGUCCCAGCAGCACGAUGAGACCUACUACCUCUGGGCGCUCAGCUUCUUCAUGGAGUUCAACCGUGGCAACGGUUUCCAUGCCGACUUAGUUUCUGAGACCAUGUCUGUUCGCACUUUUCAUUUUAUUGAACGCAACAUUACCAAUUACUACGAGAUGAUACUAACAGACCGCAAAGAGGCCACAUCCUGGUCCCGCAGGAUGCACUUGGCUCUAAAAGCAUAUCAAGAACUGCUGCUGACUGUGAACGAGAUGGACCGCACGCCUGAUGAAAGCAUCCGUCAGAGUUCUAAUGUUAUUAAAAGUAACAUAUUCUACCUGAUGGAGUACAGAGAGAUAUUCCUGACUUUGCUGAGAAAAUAUGACGAAACGAAGCAGCCACAGUCCUACCUCAAAGACCUGGUGGAGUCAACACAUCUGUUCCUGCGAAUGUUGGAGCGGUUCUGCAAAGGUCGGAGGAACCUGAUCGUGCAGAGGAAGAAGGUGAGGAGGAAGAAGUCACACGGGAAAAAGAAGCAGUCUGCUUUCGAGUCUAGUCCUGAAGAGCUGGCGGAGACAUGGAAGACUGUGGAGGAAGAGCUGAGGGGAACAAGCUUUCAGCUGUCCGAGUCUUUAACGGAGAGCAUCGUGCCUUUUGACGCCACGUCUGAAACUCCUCUCGAGGAGCAGAGAACCGAGGCGAUGGUUCGAGUGCAGGAUGCUCUACUGGCUCGAUUAGGACCCGAAGCUCUGGCUCUGCUGCGAGCCGCCAGGUCAGUGUGGCCGGAGGGCGACGUGUUUGGGUCAGCUGACGUGGAACCUGAAGAAGAACUUGAGCUCCUCAAGCAGAUCCUCCACGCCAAUCUGCCACGACCAUCUCCCGAGGCCGUGGCUGAGGAUGAGGAUGAUGGAGCAGAGUUAGAAGAGGAAGAGUUAGAACCUGUUCAGCUUUCUGAAACGGAGUUCAACUUCCUAGAUUUUGUUAAAAAAUUUGCCAACCCUGCCAUUGUUCGCCCGUACCUUCUCCUGUUAAAGUCUUACUCCAAAAACACACCCCACACAAACCACUGCAUCGCACGAAUGCUGCACCGCUUGGCUGUCGACCUCAAAAUGGAUGCCCUGAUCUUCCAGCUGUCGGUCUUCUACACUUUCAACAAAAUCCUGAGCGACCCUGCUGCAGCGGCAUAUAAGGAGCUAGGGACCUUCGCCAAGUACGUGCUGAACCGUUUCUUUUCAGUGGCAACACAAAACAACAAGGCGUACGUUGAGCUGCUCUUCUGGAAAAAUGUUGGGGCUGUCCGUGACAUGACUGAAGGCUACAGCAGAGAUGGGGAGGGGAAAAAACCAUCGUGGACUGAAGAGGAGGAAGAGGAGCUGCGGAGGCUCUACAUGGAGCACCAUGAUUCUGAAGUGCCGGACAUCGUGGAGACUCUCCUGCCAUUACUCAGCAACUGUAACCGCACUCGGCGGCAGGUCGUCACUCAGCUGGUGCACAUGGGUCUUGUGGGCAACGCCAAAGAACUGAAGAAACCAAAGAAGGGCACUGGGAUCGUUCUGUGGACGGAGCAGCAGGAGUUAGAGCUUCAGAUGCUUUUCGAAGAGUACAAAGACUCUGAUGAUGUGCUGGGUAACAUCCUGAAGAAGCUCACAGCCAAGCGGUCCCGGGCGCGCGUGGUGGACAAGCUGCUCAGUAUGGGCUUCGUGUCCGAGAGACGAGAACUUUAUAAGAAGAGAAGCCACGGCGCUAAAGGAAAAAGCUCUGGAAAGGGAAUGACUGAAGAAGAGUUCUUAGCUGGACUAACACAAGACCUUCAAGAUGAUCCCCUAGACAGAGAUGAUGAUGAUGACGAUGAUGAGAGUGACAAUGAGUCUGAUGAUGGAGAGGAAGAUGGAGAUCAGGAGAGAGAAAAAUCGCAAAAUGUUGAAAAAAGAAGCCCAAACUUUCCCCUGACGAUAAAGAGGAGAGCAGACAUAGGCAGUAUGGUCAACGCUCUACAACAGGAAGGCAUGUCUGGACCGUUGUUGUGGCUGCAAAAUGCUCUGAACAGAACAGCAAACGAUCGUGAAGAUGAUGAUCUGUCCCAGGCUGUUCCACUUGUCCCUCUAACUGAGACAAAUGAAGACGCGAUGGACAACAAGAGCUUCCAGAGGCUGUUGCACAAACUGGGCAUCCGACCACCUGCAAAUGAACAGGAAACCUUCUGGAGGAUCCCAGCAAAGAUCAGUCCGUCUCAGCUUCGGAGUUCAGCUGCAGCUUUAACUCCUGGAGAGGACCAAGUUGAAAACUUUGAGGAGCAAGAAGAGCCCAGAGACCCAACAGACAAACCCCAGGAGGAGGAGGAGGAGGAGGAGGAGGAGGAGGAGCUCCCAAGUGAACAAAGAGCUCAGGCUCUGAGAGCUCUGCUGCUCGCACGCAAUAAGAAGCGCCGCUCUGCUGAGUGUACAGAUAACACUUCUGUUGGUGACACAAAGAGCACAGCAGAAAGAUCCCGGGAAAAGACCUCAAGUAAAAGAAGCAGAAUACUGGAUGAUGAUGAUGAUGAUGAUGAUGGUGGCGACGAUGAGGAAAAAGAUACUCCUGUUGGUGACACAAAGAGCAUAGCAGAAAGAUCCCGGGAAAAGACCUCAAGUAAAAGAAGCAGAAUACUGGAUGAUGAUGAUGGCGGCGAUGGUGAUGAUGAUGGCGGCGAUGAUGAAAAAGAGAACGACGCCACUUGUGCGAUGGAGAUCGAUACAAAUGCUGAUGCAGAUUCAGACCAGGAGGAUAUUUCUGUUCCUGUGAAGAGAAGGCGAAAAAUGGUUUUAAUUGAUGAGGAGGACGAAGAUUAGUUUAAGUCUUUAAUGGACUGCAG